AUGAAUAACAGCAAAACAAUAAAGAAAACGACACCAAAACAAUUUGAAGUUCUUGUGGAUUUUAUGUGUCAAAACCCAAAUAUAGCUAAAGGAUACCAUAAAAACACAGACAAGUUGUCCAUUAAAGAGCAGUGGAAUAAUUUGCAAAGGAAGCUGAAUAGUUUAGGCCCUCCCACACGUGAGGCUGAAGGUUGGAUGAAGGUAUGGGCAGAUAUGAAGAGCAGCGUUAAGAAGAAAAUCGUGCACAAUAAGAUGGAAAGCCGUGCAACUGGUGGAGGCAUUUUCAACCAGAAGUUGUUGACACCUUUGGAGGAGGCAGUAGCAGGACUACUGGAAAUCAAUUCUAUUGUAAGUCCAGAAUGCCCAUCCAUCGGUGUUCAAAGCUCGCCGGUAAACCUGAUUCAAGAAAUUUUGGAGGACGAAGUUGAUGGACACGUCAGCGAGGACAAUGUAGAAGUGGAUAUCCAACCCAAUACUUCCACUCGAAAAAGGAAGCAACGAACUGUGGACAAAAAUGUACUUCUGGAUCAACAGCUUAAAAUUCAGACAAGUUUAUAUGAAGAAGUAAAAAAGAGUUUGUCGGAAAUCGAGAGGUAUAGUCGCAAAAAUUAUAAAGUUCAAGAAGAACGAUUGAAAAUGGAAAAGGAAAAACUUAGGCUAUACAAAGAACAAAUUAGAAAUAAAGAAAACUAUAGGACCAACAUGUUGAAAUUGAGAACGGAAGAAAUAACCCUCAAACAACAAAAAAUUGAGAUAGAAAAAGCCAGAAUUCAAGAAUUCUUAUGA